AUGAGCUACUAUGGCAGCUACUAUGGAGGCCUGGGCUACGGCUAUGGAAGCUUCAGUGGCCUAGGCUGUGGCUAUGGCUGUGGAUGUGGCAGCUUCCACAGACUGGGCUGUGGCUGUGGCUGUGGAGGCUAUGGAAACGGCUCUGGCUGUGGAAGCUUCAGAUAUGGCUACUGUCGCCCAUCAUUCUGUGGAGGCUACGGCUUCUCUGGCUCCUACUAA